AUGAGCCAAACAGCCAAUAACCAGACGGACAUUGACCGUGCACCUAAUCCCUCGAACCAGACGAACAGUCAAUCGAAUCCGGUAACGUCACAGCAGACGACUCACUUCAACACUAACUCCCAGUCGCAACCGCCGCAAGAGCUGAAAGACCUACGUGACCUACAUUUUGCGCUCCAUGAAAAGGUACAGGAAGUGAGCAAGAAGUUGGAUGAUUCCAUUCGGGACAUCUUCCAUUUUCUGGUUGAGAUCCUUGGCAGAGCAAACGACACGAACACCAUGGUUAAAAACCUUGAAUAUGCGCUUGAUGGAUCAAAUUCUCUGAAUAAUUCUGAAACAAUUAAGGUACUAAAGGAAACCCAUGAAUCGGCACGCGCGCUGGUGGUACGUAUUCAAGCUGCGCACAACUUCUCUCAGAGUCUUCAGUUCCAGUACGCACAACAUUAUUAUCGCCCAGGCUGGCGCAUAGGCAUUCGGUGGCUCGACGAGUUCUUCAUACCUGCUCUAGACGCCACGAAGGCGGUACGGGCGUGGCUCCAGGAGGGAGUGAAGUCGGCCGAGGAGAUGGAGAGUCAGGGCGGCACCCCUACCCUUACUUCCGAGCAAAAAAGGUUUUGCGAGGACUUUGAAAGGCUCUGUAUAGAGUACUGGCGGCCUUUCUUCGACCAGGAGGAGAGUCUGCGACAGGCAUUAUCCAGCUUGAAGACGCACCCUUGCCACCGGCGCCUGUCCGGCAUGGAAUGCGACUGCCAGCAAAUGAUUGAAUUCAGAGACGCAAAAUUCGCCUGGGAGGCCCGCGUCAGGAUUCUACAACGCGAGCUCGACGCGAUGUGGUGGAAGUUGCAGAGUCUCUGUUUGCCGGCACCUGCUAUACCACAAACCCCUGGCCAACCCAUGGAGAUGAGCCCGCAGCAGCCACAGCCGCAACCGCAACGACAGCCUUCGCCGGCUGACGGAAAGGGUCAGUUCUGGCGGGAUCUCAACCCUAGCACGUGA